GACAGGACCCGAGAGAAGAGUGUCUGGUUCUGCGCUGGUUCUAAACGGGUUGGCCGGAGCCGGAUCGCCCCAGAGCUGCCACCCAGAAUCGCACAGACUCACCCCCGCCCUGUGCCAGGCUCCACCCCAGCCAAGAACCCUCAACAACAGCAUGGAUUGCUGCACCGAGAGCGCCUGCUCCAAGCCAGACGACGACAUUCUAGACAUCCCGCUGGACGAUCCCGGUGCCAACGCGGCCGCUGCCAAAAUCCAGGCGAGUUUCCGGGGCCACAUGGCGAGGAAGAAGAUAAAGAGCGGAGAGCGCGGCCGGAAGGGCCCGGGCCCCGGGGGGCCGGGAGGAGCUGGGGGCGCGCGAGGAGGCGCGGGCGGCGGUCCCAGCGGAGACUAGGCCAGAACUGAACAUUUUCGAAGUUUCCGAGGAGAGAUGGAUGCCGCGUCCCCUUCGCAGUGACGAGACUUCCCUACCGUGUUUGUGACUCCCUCCUUCCACCAACCUGCCAGCUUCAGGAGCCCCCAGCGUCCCAGAGACUCCCUCUCCCAGAGUCGCCAAGUCUGUGCCCUUUUAGUUAGCUCUCCAGUCUAGCGUGGCACCACAUUUGCCCCUUCUCACCGCCCCCAGCCCCAAACCUCGUGCUCCCAAAUUUUCCUUCUUUCGCUUCUCGCCCACCUCUCCCCACGCCCAGCAUGCAGCUCUGCCCCCGCUGCCUCCGUGCGCUUCCCUGCGCGCACUGCGGAGGGUGCCCUACGCGUCGCCCAACUACACUCACUCUUAAACCUAACACGUCCUUUCGUUCUGUGCUCAGCGAAAGGGAGCGCACUGCGUCUCUCUGACGUUCCCGCCCCAGCCUAUCUUAGAUCUGGGGCUAGAAAAGAGGGGACGAGGGUUCUCAAGGUGUGGGAUGCCCCUUGUUAUGAUCAGAAGGGAAGUCCCUCUCGCACACCUGCCUGUCCUUUGCCCCUCCCUCCUCCCCCGCGCACCAAGAGCAGCCUCUCCAACUCUCCUGUUUAAGCAAAUACCGAGCUUGGAGGCUCGGUAGGAGGAGUCUUUCGCGGCCCCGCCCCCGUCCCUGCCGGCCCCACCCCCGCCGGGCUCCUGGGGCUGUGGCCGGAAGGUUUUUAAUCUCCGCGUGUGCAUG